GACUCACCAUUGUAAAUUGUCAAAUAAAGUCGAUAUAAAAUUGUUAACAAAUUGUGACAUCAAAAAAUUUCUGUACAAUUAAUACGAGCAAAACUACUGCAGCAUGUCUUUAAACACGGCUCACCUGAACGGUGGAGUUCUAAUCCAUUCUGGAGAACAGAUUAUGCUGUUCUCCGAACAUGUCCAAAUGGAAUGGUCGGGACAGAAUCAGAGUGCAUUCAGGGGCACGAAAUCUGGAAGGAUUUAUCUGACGACGCACCGUUUGAUUUUUAACAACAAAAGCCCACAGGAUGAGCUCCAGUCAUUCAGUUUCCCAUUUAUCACAUUGAGCGAGGUGGAAGUCGAACAGCCAAUUUUCGGCGCUAAUUAUAUCAAAGGGAAAGUCAGAGCCCAACCAAAUGGCAAUUGGACCGGAGAGGCACGAUUCAAGCUCACGUUCAAACACGGAGGUGCCAUCGAAUUUGGUCAGGCAAUGUUAAGAGUGGCUCAGAUGGCCUUAAGGGAAGACCUUUCUGGGGAUGCGAGCCAGGGCGGUUUCCGUCAACCGCCGCCGCCCUACGUACCACCCCAGACUCAGUACUACGCAGCUCCACCACCCGCUUACGCUCCUCCACCCCAAGGCUACUACGGCUGGAUGCCACCGACUAAUGUAUUCCCGCAACAACCGCCGCAAAACGGCGUAUUCAUGACGGACGCACCUCCACCGUAUCCGGGAAUCGGUCCUGGCGGUUUCCCGCCGCAGCAGGGCGGUUAUCCGCAGUCGCAGGGCCCGUAUCCGCCGACGCCGCAGGGCUAUCAAGGUUAUCCACCGCAGCAGGGCGGUUACCAAGGAUAUCCGCCGCCACAGGGCGGAUUUCCGCCUCAGGGUGCGGCUGGAUUUCAGAAUCCCGCCGACGCUAAAGCAGCGGAAGCCGCCCAGUCAGCUUACUACGACCCAAACAGGCCUCAAAUGGCCUACGUUCCACCGCCAGCAUAUUACGAGAAUCCACCCAGCUACAACCAGGCCACCAACAAGAAAGAUCAGUAAUCUUAUACAAUUGAUUAUACUCACAAAAAUGUUAAGCACUUGAUAAGAUAAUAUUAAUUAUAUAGAAGUUUAUGUUUUUAUUUUUAUAAUGUUUAUUGUUAAAUGUGUUUAAAAUAUAUUAUUGUAUAAAAUACUAACAAUUAUUAUCAUUCCUAAAUUAAGUCUCAUGUAUUUGUUACUCUCAAAAUUCUGAGAUGGUAUUAUUUUUGUAAUUGUUGUUGCUUUAAAAUAUUGUGAUGUAGAGAUCGGUUAAUAAUGCCUUUAACCAUGUAAUAGGCUAGAUUUUUCACAGUACUACUAUAUUUAUGCCCAGUUAUAAAGACAGAUUCACGAACUUUUUUACUUGUAUAUAGCUCUAGUCAUAAAAUAUUAGCUUUGUACUAAGAGCGAUUAUAAACUCUCAGAAACUGUCAGAAUUAUGUGUAACUAAGAACAUGCGUUCAUAGAAGAGUAAUGUGCACACGUCAAACAGUUUGUGAUUAUUUAAAUUGUUCUAAUAUUAGAUAUAAAAUGUGGCUUCUAAUAAUAUAGUAAUAGUAUUUUUUGACUAGUGCUAUUUUUGAUUUUAAUAUUUCAUUUUUUUUUUGUAAAUAGUAUGUAUAAUGUGCUUUCAAUAACUGUGUAAGCCUAGUUCUGUAAGAAUUAAUAAAUAUUUUCAAAUUA